GUGGGAUUUUCUAAUAACGCUGCGGGACAGCUGUUUUUCUUCCUUGUAGCCACUGCUAACAUAAAACCUCAGCUUCACUCUAGCCACCGUUUAACCUUUUGUUUUGGACACAGAAUUUAGUCAUAUAUAUUUGAAAAGCUUUGUUUAGAUACCUCAGUUUAGUCCUUCGGAAUAAGAUGGUCGUUUUGACAAAACACAAUGAAGAGCAGGAUUAUAUCCUGAUCGAGGAGCGUAAAUGCACCUCCCUACCCAACUCUCCAGCCAAGCGAGCGUGUCCCAGCAAAAAGAAGCAGUUCUAUAUCAACCAAGCCAUCCGCAACUCUGACCUCACGCCACGAGCCAAAGGCAAGAAGAGCCUGCGCCGACUGGAGAACACACGCUAUCUUGCCAAUCUUCUUGAGAGGGACGACGAGUGUCCCAAAGAUGAACUGGAAGUUUGCAGUAGUCCGGCAAUCCCGUCUAUCUUCACGGAAGCUUGGACCAAUGACAAUUACAUUGAGCCAUGGAGCGACUUCAUGAAUUGCUCUGGAGAAGAACAGGAGAGACUUUUAUCUCUGCUCGAGCAAGAGGUGGCCAAGAAAAAAUGUGUCGGUUGUCUCCUUAAAGACCAGAGGAAUGUAAAUCCUGCCUUCACAGCUCAGGAAUGUUUCCAGAGAAUCGACCGGAGACUGCGAACAACUCUGAGACGGAAACAAAUCCCUGUGGGAACUCUGGAAGUGCUUGAAGAAAACCUUCUGAGCUUCUUUCUCACUCAACCUCAUUCAGUUUACACAACUAACCUCUCCAGCAGCUUUGAAAGGCUACUGCUCCAUGCUGUCUGCCAGUACAUGGACCUCGUCUCUUCAAGCAGUAAUCUGCAUGGGUCUCGUCAGACUGAAGUGGUGAACAAACAGGAGGACUUCCUGCCUCCUGCACUUCCUCUGUCGGCCUAUUUGGACCAAAGGUGCUGAGAAGAAGCCCACACUCACCUGCCUGGCCUUAAAGUAAAGAGGAACCCUGCAAUAUGUGUGUACAAUAGUAACCUCGGCGAGGAUGACCCGGGUCGGAAAAAUGUACGUACAACAGUACCAUCUGUAAGUGUGAGCAUGGUUAGAAAGAAAACUUUGGGCUACUGGCCUGUUGAGAAACUCAUGAAUACCUAUGAAUGAACAAAAUCUUCCACCUCGUCAAGUCACAUGAUACAUAGCAGUUUGGAAACACUGCUGAUAGACAGUCAGCAAACAUACUGCUCUAAUUUAGUACAAUGCUCUUCCUCUGUUUAAAAGGGAAGUUAUUAGUGAUGUUAAUGUUUCGUCCCUCAGCAAAACUAUUUCUAAGAUUCAUUGUAGUAUUUUAAUCUGUUACCACCCCAUCAUUCUCUUGAGCUGCCAAAAUCAGAUCACAUUUUUAUUUGGACCAUAUUCACAUUUGGUGUGUUCAUAACAGUACUUUUUCAAUUUACUUUUUCAUAUUUGACACAUUACUGUUGUUUCGGUUGAUAAAACUUUUGUAUUUAAUUUCUCAGUAUAAUAAUUACACUCUUAAUUGUCAGUGUAUCCACUUGCAUAAUGGCAUGCAUGAGAAAAUCCAAAAGACAUUGUGGUCAUCUACAACCAUGCAUUUCUAGUGUAUUAACAAAUUAAUAAUGAAAUUAUCUCUGCUUUUUGCAUUUACUUAAGAAUUAUGUAUUAUGUAGUAAAUACUUUUCAGACCUUCUCAUGCUUGGUCAUGAACAAUUAUAUAUCUUACAUGGACAAAUGUUUCCAAAUGUGAACAGUGACCUGAUGUUUCAAUGACACAAUAUGAAAAAAAGUGUACUAUUGAACGGGGGGGGGUAAAAGAAAAAGAAAAAAAGCACUUCAAUGACUAGUGUUAGCGUGUAGGAUGAAAGCAUUGUCUUGUAGUUAGUGCAUGAAUAUUGAUCCUUUUGAAAUGUCUCACUUGUUGUUGUAGGUAAACAAGUAGAUGUCUUUGUUCCCGGGCUGGCCCAACUAGUAAAACAAAACAAAACAAAAAGUCACAACAAUACACUCUAUGGGUACAAAUAGUAGGUACCAGGGAAAGCACUUUUCUAAAUUGUUUUAUCACGUGCACAUUUAUAUAUGUUUCAGUUGAUUUGCAUCAAUGCACAGUUUAUUGUCCAUGCAGCUCAGCCAUACUUGUGUACAUUUAGCAUUGAUGUAGUGAAAGAGGCAGGGUCAAUGCUGACAGGUGCAAAUGACUUCUGAAGGCUCUUGUUGACACAUACAGAUGCCACUUGUUUCUACAGUGCAACCUCUCCUAGUGAUGCAAAAAAAAAACCCAUGACAGUACAUGCUCAGCUCAGAUUUUGAAAAAGCACAUCUGCCUUAGGAAAGCAAAUCUAUUUCUACAUUUGUACUUGACUAAACUUUUGUGAAAAUAUCCAGGUUAUUUUUAAGAAAAUUACGUCCCACAUUCUUUUUUUUUUUUAAUAGUGUCAUCAUUGAACAAGGCUUGAGCUGUUGGCCUUUCUUGCCAGCAACCAAAGUUUGUAUGAAAUCUAAUUUCUCAGGCUUGUAUGAUUUUUGUCACUCUGAAUGUCAUGUUGUAAUUUCACGUUUGUGUACAACACUCACUUUUCAAGAUGAUGAUGUAUCCAGCUAUCCAUCUUUAUUUGCCAACAUAUUCAACCGAUCUUACUGUAAAUACUAAUUAUGUGCCAACAUUUAGAACAGCCUUUUUGUGUAAACUUUUUACACACAAGAUUGUGUACAUUUUUUUUUGUGUGCUAUGGUGCUUACUUAUAACGAUAAUCGCAACUGUUACUAUUGCAAUUAUAUAUUUUUCUCUCUUGAGUCUGUACGUGAGAAUGCUGAAAGCACUGUCUGAAAAGACAGUUUAAUAAACAUUACUUCAAGUGCA